AUGUCGCGGAAUCGCCCUCGGCCCCGUGACAAUGGGUUCGGCAACAAUGAGGAGAUGGAGCUUUGGACCAAGAUCUGCCAGGAUAUCCGCAAAUCCAAAGAGAAGUUCGACCAGCAAGCAUCUCUGUCCGUGCAAAUCAAGACCCUAGCGGAGAGGAUCUCUCGUGAUGGGAACAAACCCUCCAUGACUGAGCAUGACCAGCUCGACACCUGGCUGCGCCAGAGCCAGAAACUCAGUGAGGAGGAGCGCUCGAUCAUGCAAGACGAGCCAUGUGAUGUGAUCAAGAAUCUAGAGCUGCUCACUGCGCUGCGCAAAGCCUCCGAGGCGGAAGCCCCGAUGAACCGAUCGACAUCGCUCUCCAAGUCUCGCAAGAAGAGAACCGACAUGGAAGGCUCGGCCACUGACUCACCCAGUGCGUCAGGAGUUGAGAAGGUCGGUCGUGGCAAGGGCGGUGUUCCGCGCAGCACGAGCGUUUCCAGCACGCAGGCUCGGGAAGCGCGCGGUGAUGGCGUCGCGGUAAAGAUCGAAGAAGGCACGGAGGGUUCCAAGGGCACGAUUGCCGAGCGCUCCGGUCAGCUGGUGGUAGGUGCUCAGGUUGUUUUCAAACAUAACAAAAACAUCGAGGGCGACGGCAUCCAGUGCAUUAUCAAGAGUAUUUCCGGAGAGGGAUCCAAGAAACGAUACGAUGUGCAGGACCCCGAGCCGAAUGAGAAUGGCGAGCAGGGGUCAGUCUACAAAACUACUGCUUCGUCCCUCAUUCCUAUCCCUCAGAUGGGUGCCACUUUGCCUUCUUUUCCGGUUGGCAAGCAGGUUUUGGCCCGAUACCCGGAUACCACCACUUUCUACCGUGCCGAAGUCAUGGGAUCCAAGAAGGAUGUCUACCGGCUGAAGUUUGAAGGCGAGGAAGAUGACAAGGAGAUGGAAGUUGAUCGCCGCUUCGUGUUAGAUAUCCCGAGCAGAUGA